CUGCAGUGCUGAAGCCAGAGCCAGAGGGCAAACUGUCUCUUUCCCAGGCCAACACCAGCUGUUGUCUUGGUUUUUUUUAAAGAAAGGAAACCCUACUGCUUGGAUUAUUACAUUUCAAGUGACCUGGAGUUGCUAAGUCACCGAGGGGACCAGAACUCCCCAGCCCCCAGGGUUACCCCUGGGAGGAGAGGUUGAGAGAGAAUUGACAGCGUUUCAUUUACCAUCCUGGUCCGGGGUCCUCCUCCCUGUCAUCAGCCACCUGCCUUCUCCCUGAGAGUCAUCCGUGCCGAUGGAGAAAGACUCACUGGUUCCGGAGUUCCGUGCCAACAACAUGCCCAAGCAGGUGGAAGUCCGAAUGCACGACAGCCACCUCAGCUCAGAGGAGCCCAAGCAGCGACACCUCGGCCUACGUCUGUGUGACAAGCUGGGGAAGAAUCUCCUGCUCACACUGACUGUGUUUGGUGUCAUCCUGGGGGCAGUGUGUGGAGGCCUUCUUCGCUUGGCAUCUCCUCUCCACCCUGAUGUGGUCAUGUUAAUAGCCUUUCCAGGGGAUAUACUCAUGAGGAUGUUAAAAAUGCUUAUCCUGCCUCUCAUCAUCUCCAGCUUAAUCACAGGGUUGUCGGGCCUGGAUGCUAAAGCCAGUGGGCGCCUGGGGACAAGAGCCAUGGUGUAUUACAUGUCCACAACCAUCAUUGCUGCGGUGCUGGGGGUCAUCCUGGUCUUGGCGAUCCACCCAGGAAACCCCAAACUCAAGAAGCAGCUGGGGCCAGGGAAGAAGAAUGAUGAAGUGUCCAGCCUGGAUGCCUUCCUGGACCUUAUUCGCAAUCUCUUUCCUGAAAACCUGGUCCAGGCCUGUUUUCAACAGAUUCAAACGGUGACCAAGAAAGUCUUGGUGCCGCCUCCAUCAGAUGAGGAGGGCAAUGCCACCAAUGCUGUCAUCUCCUUGUUGAACGAGACUGUGACUGAGGCACCUGAGGAAGCGAAGGUGGUUAUCAAGAAGGGCCUGGAGUUCAAGGACGGCAUGAAUGUUUUAGGUCUGAUAGGGUUUUUCAUCGCUUUUGGCAUUGCCAUGGGGAAGAUGGGCGAGCAGGCCAAGCUGAUGGUGGAAUUCUUCAACAUUUUGAAUGAGAUUGUAAUGAAGUUAGUGAUCAUGAUCAUGUGGUACUCUCCCCUGGGUAUCGCCUGCCUAAUCUGUGGGAAGAUCAUUGCCAUCAAGGACUUGGAAGUGGUUGCUAGGCAACUGGGGAUGUACAUGAUCACGGUGAUCGUGGGCCUCAUCAUCCAUGGGGGCAUCUUUCUCCCCUUGAUUUACUUUGUAGUCACCAGGAAAAACCCUUUCUCCUUUUUUGCUGGCAUUUUCCAAGCUUGGAUCACUGCCCUGGGUACUGCUUCCAGUGCUGGAACUUUACCUGUUACCUUCCGUUGCCUGGAAGAAAAUCUGGGAAUCGAUAAGCGCGUGACCAGAUUUGUCCUCCCAGUCGGAGCAACCAUCAACAUGGACGGCACAGCCCUUUAUGAAGCGGUGGCCGCCAUCUUUAUUGCCCAGAUGAAUGGUGUUAUCCUGGAUGGAGGCCAGAUUGUGACUGUGAGCCUCACGGCAACGCUGGCCAGCGUCGGAGCAGCCAGUAUCCCCAGUGCGGGCCUCGUCACCAUGCUCCUCAUCCUGACGGCUGUGGGCCUGCCGACGGAGGACAUCAGCCUGCUGGUGGCCGUGGACUGGCUUCUGGACAGGAUGAGAACUUCAGUCAAUGUUGUGGGGGACUCUUUUGGGGCUGGGAUUGUCUAUCACCUCUCCAAGUCUGAGCUGGAUACUAUUGACUCCCAGCAUCGAGUGCAUGAAGAUAUUGAAAUGACCAAGACUCAGUCCAUUUAUGAUGAUGUGAAGAACCACAGGGAAAGCAACUCUAAUCAAUGUGUCUAUGCUGCACACAACUCUGUCAUAGUAGAUGAGUGCAAGGUGACUCUGGCAGCCAAUGGAAAGUCCGCUGACGGCGGAGUCGAGGAAGAGCCAUGGAAACGUGAAAAAUAAGGACAUGACUCUCAGCAAAGUUUUGAACAAACUCCCCAGCGUAUCUUAUGGUAAAAAAGAGAAUAUAAACAAGCUGUCUUAAAAAGGAAAAAAAAAAAAAAGCAUCUAUUUCUGUGUUUACUUAAUCUGCUAGCCGAGGCUUCAAGGAUCUGUCGUGAGUCAGUGAUAAGCGCGGUGCGGUGUCUUUGCCAAGUGAUGCUUUGUAAAUGGCUCAUUUUCUCACCUGUGUUAUUGUCUGAACGGAGGCGGCUGGAGGAAUCCGUUUGAAUUGAAGACACGUUCUGGCCAGCUUCCCUUUACUCUCUAAAUAUAGAGCUGUGGAUCCUCUUUUCCCAGGGGACACGACUAAAGCAUGUGGUGCAUCCUGGGGACUUUGGAUAAAGAGCAGACACUCAGUGUGUGAUUCCUUCAGGUGUCGUCCCUGCUUCUGCUUUGGUACACACAAGAGAUUCUGUUAGAAGCCUCUAGACGUAAUCCUCUUGAAAUGUCUUAGGGGUGGUCCAUGUGUUAAUUAAAAGCAAACCCCUGUCUUUAGGAACUCUGAGAAUCUACCUUCUGUAUACUCUCUCAAUUAAAUAUUUCAAAGAGAAUGGUAGUAGGAACCAUGCUCUUCAAGGCAGCCAAUUAUGGAACCCACCGAGUUUCUGCUCUGCCCUAUCCAGUCCUGGGAAAUCAUUACUGAAAUUUCAAAGGAGGUCUCGUAAUUUGCUCUCAAUGAUGAUAAUGGAUUAGGAUGUAAUCUGCCUAGCGCUGCUGUGCAUGUGGACAAACGAGAGCACAGCCAACGUCAACUUAAACCAGAGUCAAAUGUUCCAAUUCAGUUGGCAUUCACCUGGUAGAGUGAAAUUGAGUGAGAUGAUUUGAUCGAUGCUUUACUUUCUUUGUUCCAGCCGUAAAAUUCUUUUUUGUAUUUCUAACCAAAAAGAAAAAAAAAAAAAGACAUUUUUAAUUGCAAAUUAUUUCAGUCACAAUCUCAUUAACCUAGAAGGCCUAACCACUCUACUCUCCUCACAGGUAGAGAGGACAGUUACGCUGGCUGUGCCGCUUUUAAGACCAUCUCUCGAUAAAAACAAAACACUGUCCAUGAUCUAGCACAUAGAGAGCUUUCUCUUGUAUUCUCUCAAAGCACUUGAAUCUAGUUACAGGACACAGUUGAAAGCAGAGUCAAUCUGCUUCCCAGUCUUCUGUGUAGCAAGGAACAGGAAACAAACGAGCAAAAUCCCAGAAAGGUGACAUUCCUAUGGCAAAGUCAAGACGGCCUUAAGCCAUGAAAUGGGAGCAGACGAUGGCUCCUCACAACUUCAAGAUGGUGUCUUCAAGGCUGUUACGUUUUGAGGAGUCAGUACUGUAAGGGGAUUAGCACCGUGCCUUGUAGGCCGUAGGCACCCAACGAAUCCCAGUGGUGGAUUGUGCACACUAAACUUGCCAGUUUCUCUACUAUCCUUUUCUGUUGAAUAACUCACAGUAUUUUCUGAAGGUUGCAGGCUCUGGGAGAUUGCUGGGAACUUGAACCUGAAUCACUGAGAAAUAAAGUACAUUUGACUGACUUCAAGGAGGGUGUAGAAACUUGGUCUACAUAUAGGAGUCAGGUGGUCAUCAGAGAUUGGCAGAUGGGUGCUGGGUACACAUCAAGAGUUGUACUGUCCAAAUGCUCUGAGAAUAGGUUGUACAUAGACAUCACGAACCCUUUAUUGCCCAUUCUUAGUGACUUCUCUUCCAAACCAGACACCUUCGGAACAUAUGAGAGACAUAAGAUUCUGAUUGCUUUUGUCUCUCAGACCCUCAUUAUUUUUGGAUAAGGACCACUGUUGAGCAGUAUUAAGCAGCUUUUUGCCUUUUUUUCUUUUUAGUGUCAUUGGUCUUCUUCUUUUACAUUAUAUGGACAGUUAACUGGGUCACCAAGGAUGUGUGAAAUGCAGUAGUGGACAAUAAAUACACCCUUUAGAGCUGAUACUGUGGGUCAAGGGGACAGGUCCUGGAUUUAGCUGUGAAACUCUUAUGGAUUGUCUUUAAGUGGUGCUCCCAAGAGCUUUGUGAUGGAGAAGAGAAGGAUCUAGACGAGGCACCAAGGAGUUUGUGGGUUUUGCUCUUUAAGGCCAGCUUAGCACUCGUAAAUGCUGACGUGUUUCUCAAAAGAGUGGUCUUGGGAUUGUCUCCCCAAGACUCUGCCUCAGUGUCUUCCUGCUUUGCUUUGUCUUCCUAGUUAUUCUAUAAAAUAUAUAAGGGGACAAUGUGUUCAGAAGAAGCAAGGUGUACAGCUUAACAAAACAUGUUUUUCUGGUUUUAGACUACCUGUAAUACAUUUCAUGAGAAUGUAUUUAGGAAAUCACUUUCAUCUGGAAAUUCACAUCAUAUUACAAAUGAAUAAUCUGUUAAAGUCAGGACUAACCCGAAAAUCCAGGAUGUAUGUAGAGCUGACAUAUGACUGUGAUCUCUAUUUUUUUAGGUCUUAUUCAUUCUUCUUAUGCCAUGCCCACUAGGGCUUCCCUUGGCCAGCAAGAGUGCCAUAAACAGGACAAACAGAUCCAGAGUAUACCUCUAAGAACCCUUUUCUAAAUAAGAUACCCAUAAUCUUUCCGUUAUGUGCACAGAUUUAUAUUAAUAGGUUCACCACAGUUGUAAAUGCUUAUAACAGUCCAUUAAUAUUUGAUGAUGCAUAAGUUAUAUAUGGACACAGGAGGCCAGAUCCACACACUGCAUCCCAUAAGGUCUAUAAGUCAGGGCUUUGGCAACACCAUUUUUUGUUACUAACUCAUUCACUCUUUUUAGGAAUCCAAAUCAUUUUGAGAAAAAAAUCAAUUAAACAGACUUUCAUCCUCCCCUUUAUAAUUUUUGCCCACAGCAACCCAAGUAGAAUCACCAUUUGAUUACCAACUACAGUUCAAUAAGCCAAAUUCAAUCAGCAGGAAGAAUGGCUUCUCUCUCAAGCUAAAGCUUUACCUUAGGUCUUUGGGAAUAUGUCUCCCAUGCGGAGCAUCAAAGAAAUCAAGGCAGUUGUCUAGACCACAGAGGUCCAGGUCUUCAGGUAAUAAGAUCUGAACCACAUAGACAUCAGAUUCAGUUCUUUAUUUCCUGCUGGGUGUGGAAACACAGGCUGUAGUCUUAUUGCCUGAAGAAGUUACCUUGUCCCGUAAAAGACAAGUAUUCACUUCUCCUCUGCAAUAUUGGUUGGCUGAAAGAAAGGGUGCCAAAUGCCUCAGUCUUGGAUACAGACUUGUGGAAACUGAAAAAGGCUUAGGGGAAAUUCAAUUUAUAGGGAUAUGUAUUCCCGGUAGGAAAUCUGAGGAAUCCCAAUGACUGAGUAGAGGGCCUCAGGCCACUUCCAACCUUGCAUGGAGAAGUAUGUCACUUGCAAGUGUAUUUAGUCAAGAAAACCUUUCAGGGUUGGGUAACUCAUCUACCUGCUCCCUGAAAGGAAAUCCAGUCCUUCCAUGUUUUUGCAAAUACCACACUUCCUUUUAUUCCCAAAAGCAAACACUAUGACAAUAUUUUACUUUUGUCAGAAUCAAGGAAUCUAUCUGUACUAUAGUUUCCCAUGAAAUACAGCAGUAAGUCUGAACAAGUACACUAAUGCUCAGAGAGAAUUUUUCUAUGGUUCAGACCCUUAAUGGGAAGGUCUUCGUACCUCUUGCUUGGCUUGAUGGCCAAAAGUGCUCAGCAGUUAUACCCAAUGGAGGUGGCUCUUCUUCCCUGCUCUUUGAUUCUUGGGGCCAUACAGUUGUCUAGGUUGCUGUUUUGCCUUUCUUGUUCUCCAAAUAAAUUCAUCCCUAGGCAAGCAAAAGGACCAAGCAGAUUUUUUUUCAGUUGUCGUAAUACCCACUUGGACUAUUAGGGUCACGCUAAGUGUCUUCUUCAUCCCCUUCACCUACUUCACCCAUCCCCCCACCCACCUUGCCUCUGGCAACCGGCAGUUUGCUCUCUCUAUUUUUUCAUUUUGUCUUUUUAUCUUUGCUC